GGUUCUGCAGCAUUGCUACUACAAAUCCUACAUUCGAAUCCCUCGACCGGCCGGCAACAACCUUUCCCUUACUUCCACUGUCGCUGGAAAGUAUCUUUAGAAAAGCAUGGAUGCUCGUCCAAGAGUAAUUUACCUCCCGGAUACCAUGGCCAACUGGCCUUGGCCUCGCGCAAUGAGUCCUCAUUAUGAAGCGGUGAAAGCUGAAGUCGACGCUUCGUUCCGCAAUUUCAAGGAUCUCAGUCCUGAGUCGCAAGAAGCGUUCAACAAAUACGAUUCUGCCCGUUUAGCAGCAUUGGCUUAUCCCAACGCAUCAAGAGAACAUCUUCGAAUUGGCUGCGACUUCAUUAAUGUCCUCGGCAUUGUGGAUAUGUACACCGACAUUGAGAAUGCAACAGUUACCGAGGCAAUGGUGGGCAUCGCCAUUGAUGCCCUACACAAUCCUCAUAAGACACGACCAGAAGGCGAAUGUAUCCUCGGUGAAAUCGUACGACAAUUUUGGGCUCGUGCGAUUCAGACCACAAGCCUGCCUUUUCAACGUCACUUCGUUUAUAGCUAUACUGCAUACCUUCGUGCAGUGGUUGUUGAGGCUCUUGACCGCGACGAGGCUCGUUGCCGUAGUAUUGGUGAUUAUAUCAAGCUCCGGCGGGAUACAUGUGCUGCAAAACCUGCCAUCGCAUUAUAUGAAAUGGGAAUGGAUCUGCCCGAUGAUGUGUUUUAUCAUCCCGUCGUUGCUGAACUGACUGAAUGCAUUACGGAGUUGAUGUUGAUUGACAACGACAUGAUCUCGUACAAUAGAGAGCAAGCGAUGGGAGACGAGAACCAUAACUUGAUCACUACUGUCAUGGUGGAAAUCGGCCUCGACAGAAGCGGUGCGAUGGCCUGGGCAGCAAGCUAUCACGCUGAAGUUGAGAAAAGGUUCGCCGACGGUCUUGCGAAGGUGCCUUCAUGGGGACCUUCCACCGAUGUUCUAGUCAAGGAGUAUCUUGAUGGGAUGGCAACAUGGGCUCGAGCAAACCAUUGUUGGAGUUACGAAACUCGAAGAUACUUGGGCAAAAAGGGCCCAGAAAUACAGGGAACUAGACUUGUCCCAUUGUUACCAAAGGUCAACCGCAAAGCUGCAUCCACGGCGGCAAAGGCCAAUGUUGCUGAUUGA